UUACGCUCACAUCUUCCACCUCCUUCGGCCCUUGGAGCCCAUAUCGAUCGAUCUGCCAUGGCCGAGCACCGCCCCGAAGGCCUGAAGGGAUUCCUCCCCAAGAAGGCCCCGUCUAAGUCCCAGGUGCUCGCCGUGGUCGCCGUCUUGCCCAUCGUUGGCCUCCUCCUUCUCCUCUCUGGGGUGACGCUGACUGCCAGCGUCGUCGGCCUCGCCGUCGCCACCCCACUCUUCCUCCUCUUCAGUCCAGUGCUGGUCCCAGCGGCGAUCGCCAUCGGGCUCGCCGUCACUGGCUUCCUGGCCUCGGGCGCAUUCGGCCUCACGGGUGUGUCGUCGCUCUCGUGCUUCAUAGAGCACGCCCGGAGGGUCGUGUCGAAGGCGCCGGAGCAGCUGGAGCUGACGCGGCAGUGGAUGGCGGAGGCCGCGGGGCAGGUCGGGCAGCGGACCAAGGAAGCCUCCUAGGGCCGGGGUGCAGGGCAGGAGGUGAAAACAUCUCCCAAGGAUCAUAUUCUGUUUCCUGUCUCAUUUGGAGAAGAAUAUAUAUGUGCGUCGAGUUGGACGAGUUUAGUAAGUUGCUGCGCAGGGUUUGGUUAUGUGAGUGUGUGUGUGUAUAUAUAUAUAUAUUCAUAUAUGUUGCUCGUGGUGGUGAGGAGUUUAGUAGGGAUUCUCUUUUUGCAUUCUCUUGUUUCGUUGUAUGUACGAAUGCGUAUUCUACUGCUAAUAAGUAUGAUGCAUUGAUCUUAUAUUUCUCGUA